AUGCCAAAGUCUACUAGACAAAUCGCACUGGUCGUAGGUGCUUCUCGCGGCAUUGGUCGGCAGAUUGCCAUUGACCUAGCAAAGGAUGGCUACGCGGUCGUCGUAGCAGCGAAAUCCAUAUCCGAUGCCUCCAAAUGUUCUCCCUUCCCACCCGACCCAAACUCCUCUGCGUCCACCAUCUCCACCGUCUGCCGCGAGAUUCACGAAUCAGGCGGCGAAGCCACAGCCAUCAGCGUCGACACAAGAGACUUCACCAGCAUAGAACGCAUGGUAGCUCAGACGAUAGAAAAAUACGGAAGACUUGAUGUACUGGUGUACAACAGUGGCGCAAUAUGGUGGGCAAGCGUAGCCAAAACGCCUAUGAAGCGUUUCCAGCUCAUGCAGCGCGUGAACGUAGAGGGCUUAUAUGGCGUUAUACAAGCCUGUCUUCCACACUUUGAACAAAGUGGUGGGGAGUGGAGGGGUCGUAUCAUCAUUGUUAGUCCACCAAUAUAUUCGCGCUUCUUCCGUGGUAAGACGGCGUAUGCGAUGGGGAAGGUGGGUAUGUCUGUUCUUACCAAAGGACUAGCUAUGGAUUUCCUGAGGGAGGGAAAGAAAGAGAUGGCGGUUACGAGUAUCUGGCCUGCGACGGCUGUUCAGAGUGCUGCGACACAGAAUCGGGGAGGGGAUGAUGCGAAGGAUCUUAGGACUGCGCACAUCUUCUCGGAUGCGGUGUUGCAGAUGAUUAAAGCGCCUGUGGAGGAGGUCAAUGGGGAGUUGUUGCUUGACGAAGACUUUUUGAGGACGAAGGGGGUUAGUGACUUCGACAAGUAUAAUCUGGUUGAGGGGAGCAAGCCAAGGAGGAUUAUGCCGGCAGAAUUUCCGAAUUUGAGGGUCAAGGAACACGAUGAUGAAGGGAGGAGGGUGGAUAGUACAAAGCUCAGAGCUUCGAAGCUAUAG